UUAGAAUCAGGUGAUUUGUAGAUUAUAUUAUUUGACAUAUUUAUUUCCUUUACUACAUUCUUUCUAAACUAUGUUACUACAUAUAGGCCAGGAGAAUGUCAUGUUCAAAUACCAGGAAGUGACAAAUGCAUUUGAUCCAAAUGUUACAUUAAUUUACUUAAUUGAUUCCACAGAUUGGCUUAAGUUGAUUUCAGUGGCUCUGCUGUCUGUUUUGAGGUCUGGACUGGUCUAAUUAUCUGGUUGGUUUGCAGGCUCUUAUUGCUCCAUGUGGUAGUAGUAUUAGUGGCAGCUGUGUGAUCAAUGUCCCAGUGCAGGCAUGCAUAUGGUUUUCAAAUCCAGCUUUCAGAGUGGAUGAUGAAUGUGUUUUUGUGUUCCAGUUUUUUGUUUUAUUUUUGGUUCCUGGAUACACAGAAUUAAUAGAGCUUGUUAGAUCUGUAAAUAAAUUCUAUAUGCAGUGCGUGUGUUACUUUUUCUUAUACUCUUAGUCUGUAAAUGUUGCCAUAGGCUUUGAUAGAGCAGCGUGACCUUUUAAAGAACAGCAGAGGGCAGGCAUUCUCACUCUUAGUCUUCACAUACUCGUCUCUCUCUCUCUCUCUCUCUCUCUCUCUCUCUCUCUCUCUCUCUCUCUCUCUCUGUGUGUGUGUGUGUGUGUGUAAUACCGCGACAUGUAUGCUUUAUUAUUCAUUUCGAAGUUGACACACACCUUUUGCGUAAUGAAGUACUGUGUAAUAAAGCAUUAUUGUUUAUUUAUAAUGGUCUAAAGGAGAAUAUAUACACUAUCUUUAAAGAUAUGUGUUAUCUUUAUCAGACAGUAGGCUCAUUGUUUUGAUCACCAUAAUGUUGGAAGUAUGAACAGAUAUUUUUUUUGUCAUCUUAGUGAUCAGUAAAAUAGUGACUUGAAUCUGAGUUUUGAUUUCGGUUGCUUUUUUUAUGCGUGAAGUGAGGAGGUAAUAAAACGAUUAGAAGCUUGGUGGUGUAAGGGGCGGACACUAGGACCUCCCUGCGCCUGGGAGUCGACAGGGCGCUGCACACAGAGUGAGUGCGCGCAGCUUCAGAGCGCUAUAUUGACCCGCACACUCACAUCCCGCACAGCGCGCGUGCUUUCUCUCCACAGGUCUGCACACUUUGGAUACAUUUCUUGCUUUUGCAUUGGGAAACUAACGUUGCUAUUUCAAAGCAACUUUAAAUGAACUAAAGUGGAGCUUUUUAUUCUGUGGAUACUUGAAAGUUUUUUGUUUUUGGUGGAAAUUGUGCGGCCAUGUAAGUACAUAUAAGAAGAAAUACAUCAAGGGCGUGUAGUUUGAACAUCACCAGACUUUAUGUGUCAUGAAUGUUGUAGCUUAAGUAGUGUGAUGAGGCAGACCACGGCUGCGCUUGCUGAGCUGUUUAUUUCCCGGGACUGCUCCGGGAUGCGGGACAGGAAGGAUUAUGAGAGCCGCUCCAGAGAGCGAGGAGACGCGGAACUGGAGCGCCUUAGAGCCCGAGACAGGAUGGAAGCCACACUGGCUGGUCUGGCAGAACUGGACUAUCUGAGACAGAGACAGGAGCUGCUGGUCCAUAACGCCCUGAGUAAUCAGGAUACUAUCAGCACAAGUGGGGAAGAAGAUGGUCAGCUGUGCUCCGCGGUAGAGGACAACUACCUAAACAACGAGGAGAAACUGUUGGAAGAGAACAUUUUGCUGUUGAGAAAGCAGCUGAACUGCCUGCGGAGGCGAGAUGCUGGUUUGAUUAGUCAGCUCCAGGAGUUGGACAGACAGAUCAGUGACCUACGACUGGACACAGAGACCUUAAAUGAGCAUCUGGAGACUGAUAGCCGGCCCAGUUCAGGUUUUUACGAGUUAAGUGAUGGUACUUCGGGCUCCCUCUCUAAUUCCUCCAACUCUGUCUUCAGUGAGUGUUUAUCCAGCUGUCGUUCCACAUCUUGCCUGUGUGCCCCCCUUGACACCUCGCUCUGUGCCUCUGAAGGAAGACCCAAGUCUUCAGAUGAGCUCAAUGUCUGUGCUGAGUGUGAAGAGCAGUGUGAGGACUCGUGUUCUGGUACAGUUCGCAGGUCACUGUCCGUUCCAUACUCUCCUUCUCCAGAUGGGAACUGUGACGGGAUGUCCAAGUUCCACUGUGACCUUAUAGCCAAAAAUGGAAGUGAUGUAUAUCGCUACCCUAGCCCUCUCCAUGCUGUGGCUGUUCAGAGCCCCAUCUUUUUCCAAUCUAUGGUCAGCCACCUGAAGGAAGACUCUGGUCUGUCCAAGUCUGGAGAAACCCAUGACAGUGGUCAAAAACCAGAGCAAGGCAUUUUAUCCCAAGUUCAAGCUCCCCUCAGCAAAAGACUGGACAGUUAUAUCUUUGGACUGCUUCAGAGGAGAGCACAGCCAAUAAGGACCAAUAAACUUCGAACAAGCAUAAACACAGACCCCUCCAAGAGUGUCUUACGGCAGGGCAGCCUUUGUGUUAGGCCUGCUGCUACUGGACAGAUCCAGCCAAGGACUCCAGAAGUCUCACCAAAUUGGCAGACUUGUUUGCAAGCAGCAACAGCUCCUUGCACUGACCCCAGCACAGUGUCACCUCAAAGACAGUGGCCUGUUGAGUCCAAGGGAGAACAUUUAGAGAAUAACGGAGCCUCCUGUUCUCAGAAUCAACCCCCAAAUGGAUUCAUAAUCAAAAAUGAUGUUAACACUAAUAGCCUAUUAAAGAACAAAGGCCCUGGGGCUAAUAAAGGCCAACCGUUAAGUGUUGUUGCUAAGGAAUGCCAGGACUUGGGUAGCCCUAACGCAGUGUCUUCCCCAAAACUCAAGAAGCAUUCUUAUUACCCUGCUGUGGAGGACAGUAAAUCAGCACAAAUGGUGAAAGCAGGAACUCCUAAGAGAAGUCCUAAUGUACAGGCUUCAGUGGCCUGCAAUGCUAAAGUAGAGCAGCCUCUGCCAGAGGUGCUCAGCCUCGGCUCCUCCUCUCAAAGUCAGGAUGAGGGGGGUCAGAUGGUGAGUGCAGAGUACAUCCCUGCCCAAGAGCAAAGUGUAAAACUUCGCAAAGGUGGUAGCAAGAACGUGAAAAUUGUCAAGGUGAAGAACGGUAGCAGCGUGAAACAUAGGACCCAUUCCAACGAGCUUGUAUCAGAAGCAGGCCGUGACAGGCAUCGCACAGGAUCCAGGCGAUCCAGACCGACGGAAGACAUGGCUGUUUCAUAUAAAGCCUCCAAGAGGGCAUCUUGUAAAGUCAAAAGGAUCCCAGCAUCAAUCCCUGAGGGGCGAAUCCUUGAAAAACACACUACCUCCACAGGCAGGUCAACUUCCCAAAGACACCAUGGCCACCACAGACAUCAUGAGGCUGUGCUGGCUAAACCCAAAUACAAACGCAAUGACUACCAUCGUAGGCUGCGUGGCAUCCCAGAGGUGCCUUAUGAGGAGGCUUUCAGGAGGGUUCACCGCAGGCAAAAGAGGGAGAUGCUAGGCCACAUGUCAGGAAUGUAUCUCCCUUCCAACAUGCACAUCACCAGCCCUUAUGCCUAUGUGGGAAGUGACUCGGAGUACUCUGCUGAAUGUGCUUCUCUCUUUCAUUCCACCAUCGUGGACACAAGUGAAGACGAGCGCAGUAACUACACCACCAACUGUUUUGGGGACAGUGAGUCGAGUGCUAGUGAGGCAGACUUUGUGGCAGAAAGCACUACUAGCACUGAUUCUGAAGGCAGCAGUGGAGUCAACUGGCCUCAGUAUAAUCAAGCAUCCCAUGAAAUGACUUCAGCACAGGCCAAAGCCUUCGUCAAAAUCAAAGCCUCCCACAAUUUAAAGAAGAGAAUCCUGCGCUUCCGAUCAGGCUCUCUAAAACUUAUGACCACAGUGUGAGAGACUUAAGGGAUUGGGGAGUUGUGAUGCAGCCAAUCAAAUUAGCUGCUCUCAGUACUCACCCAAUAAAGUGCCUAAGCAGAAUUCAGUCACACUGCUUACAAUCUGUACGAGUCAUGUUGAAGAGAUCUUUCACUACAAGUGGAUUUAUUGAGUGACAUCCCCUCACGCACUUUUAGCAUCCUUAAAUCACACAUUAAAAUCAUUGAGAAGCAUCUGACUAACCCCAUUAUGUCAUUUUCUGUAGACAUAUUUAUUGUAAACUCAGAAUUGCCUGUGAUGCAUUUACAUGGCAAGUGCAUUUGUAAAUGUGAUCAAUAGACAUUGUUGAUUUUUAAAAAUAAAAUAUUUAAAACUUAAUAUAUUUGGUUAGUCAUACAUGAAAUAAAAUAGGAAGUAUGAUUGAAAAAAAUGCAUUGUUUCUAAAAGAGAAGAAGUGAGAUGGAGGGAUAGACCAAGUCUGUCUGCAACAUUGAACAAUAUUUGGGCAAGUUCACCUGCUGACAACAGGGCUUUUGUUAUAUGCACAAUAAAUAUGCAUGAGCGUUGACAUUACUAUUUACCUUGUGGUUUUUGCCUAUUAUCUGUAAAUUGCAAUUUGUGUACAUAUUUUUUUCAUUUUUGGUGUCCUAUCUUUUUAUGCUUUAUUAAAUGUUGCCUUUGAUAACAGCUCUAAAUCUCUGGAACUAUUACUCAUAUGAUCAAAUUAUUGUCAUCACUGAAUGAGUACUUAGUAUUUCAAAAUUCAGGAAAAUUACAUUAAAAAAAAAUAUGUUUGUGCGUGAUUAAUAUCUUGCUUAAGCUUAGGUUAAUUUCACCCAUAAAUUAGAAGUAAUAUAUAAAUACUGAAGUUACAAAAUCUUAGUUUAUUUUUUCAGUUGUGCUAAAAUUACAGAUCACCAUUUGAUUUUUAAUGAUUAUGAGAUUGUUGUGUUUUUUUAUAUCAGCUAAGCCAACCAAGUCAAUAGUCAAAUACAUACCUCUAUAAGCUUUAGGAAUAAAGGAAAAGAUCUAAUUAAUUGUGGCUGCCUAUUUUAAAAAAAUUACAUUGGCUAUGACUAAUAACUUGCAUCUUGACUUUUCUAAUUCCAGAUAUUUGUUUUUUGAGACUGAGGUAUUUAGUAAUAUAAGAACAAGGUGUCUUAUUGUUUACUCCGGUUGCAACAACCACUUAUCCUUCAGUACGUAUGUAGCCUACUGUGCUGUAUGUACAUAUGUACUACAGUAUGCUACUGCACUGGUAGAGUAGCCCUGCAUUGUGCUAUAUUAUUUUCCCUGAUCUUUAACUAUUAAUUAUUUAACAUCAUCUGAUGUGGUGCAGUAGAAAUGAUAUAAUACUGUGCAGUGCAGAUAUCCUCCAGGAAUGAAAACCAAACUCUAAAUCACUGUUCGAAUGCAUUUAACUAUGGGCCAUGCAGCAGGCACUGGCAAGUAGAUGUGUUGUGCAUUAGCAUUGUCCUUACAUGAGUGUCUGACCUUUUUCUCAUUGGCCCGGUUCCCCAGCAGACAUGCUGCAUGAAAAAAUUUUCCUACUUUAUUCUGACUGGAGCAGAGCUGCUCUGGAAAGAAUCUGGAUUUGUAAAGAGGAGUGGGUCUGUUUGGAUUACUGCAGCUGGGUGAACGAGCAGGCAGGACUUGUCUCCUCUCAGACACUUGGCAUGUUUAUGGCUUAUUUUCCUGCUCAGUCACAAGCAUUUCAUCCAAACAGAGGCCUCGUGCACCGAACACAAAAUAUCUAUUAUAGAACCUGUUCAGGUUUAUUUAAAACAACCAGUAACCGCCUGCAUGUCAAAGGGCAUGGGAAGUAGAAAGUGUUCUAGAUUAGAUUUUUUUUUUCCUUUAAUGGAGCACUAAUCGGUGAGAAAAACAAAAAAGACAUUAUUACGUUUGAUUUGUUGAAUCUGUUGGUGAGAUAAAUUAGUUAAUGUUCAGUGCAAGAAGUUGUUUAAAUUAAUCUGUGAGCU